GAGGGAUGCGGAAAGGCAUGCGGGGCAAUCUGCGCGCAUAUAGUGAGUUGUUGAAGCAAUGCCAAGAUGCAGACGCCCUUACGGACCUACCAUAUCUCACAUAUGUAGCGCGAAACGCUGGGAAUGACCAUUCGACACCAAUGAGUGACUCCCGGUGAUGGCAGCUAUGGGCAAGCGGUCCAGGCGAAAGCGCUUCGGCCCCACGGGGUUCGAAGAAUAUGGAGGCUACAUGAACGCGAAAAUUCAGAAGCUGGAGAACCAGUUUCUCAACAGUGCUCAAAACGAAAUCGACUCCAGUCAGGAGGAUCAGUCGUCAACUAUAUUCAAGGGAAUCAGUGUGUUCGUCAAUGGCUACACAAAUCCUACCGCGGAAGAAAUCAGGCGGAUAAUGAUGCUUCACGGUGGUACGUACCAGCAUUACUACAAGCGUAAACCCAAUUGCUACAUGAUUGCAACAAACCUUCCACCGGCGAAACUAUUAGACCUAAGAGACUACGUCGUCAAGCCAAAUUGGAUCUCUGACAGUGUACAAGCUGGGAAGCUGCUACCUGUUCAAGACUACCUUCUCUACACCCCAGAUUUGAAGAAUGGUCAGCAAAAGCUGAAUUUGGUGAGGUGUGAGCAACCAUCAACAUCAGCUGCCCCUUCACCAAGUUCCACGAGUCAAAACAACGACCAAGACAGCUGGCUAUCCUCCGAAAACAGUCAUGAUGAAGACGAACACACAGUAUGUCACACUGAGAACAGUGUUCACCACCCUCAGGAGAGUGUUGAUCACACCAGGAACAGUGUACACCACGCCGAGGACAGUGUUCACCAGGAAUCCAAGAAGGACAGCGUUGCAGCUCGCAAAGCGGGGGAUCCUGGAUUCCUCGAACAGUUUUAUGGGAGGUCACGACUGCAUCAUAUAUCAACGGCAAGCAUCAAGCUGAGAGACUAUGUUGCACAGAAGAGAGCUCUUAGCAAUGGUGCAUUUGAGGGCAUAGAAAAGUUGAAACAGUAUUUGGCUUCAAAAAGCUCGCGAGAGCAAGUGCCCAUUGGUGAAGAAAAAGUGAUCAUGCAUAUUGACAUGGACUGUUUUUUUGUUUCUGUUGGCCUGCGUACAAGGCCUCACCUAAAAGGAAAACCAGUAGCUGUUUGCCAUGGAAAAACAUCUCUUGCUUCCAUAAGCUCUGCGUCGUCGAACUCUCAAACAGAGCGCAGUGACCUAACGUCUUGUUCAGAAGUAGCAAGCUGUAGUUAUGAAGCAAGGAAAGCCGGUGUCAAGAGUCGUAUGUAUUUGGGACAGGCAAGAAAACUGUGUCCAGGACUAGUGGCAAUACCGUACGAUUUUGAAAGCUACGAUGAGGUCUCCAGGAUCUUGUAUGAUGUUGUAGCAAGUUUCACGUUGGACAUUGAAGCCAUCAGUUGUGACGAGAUGUUUGCGGACGUCACGAACGUUCUUCAGCAGGCCAGCUGCUCACCAAAUGAAUUCGCCGAAUUUUUGAGAAAAAAGAUUGAGGAGAAGACCCUAUGCACUGCAUCAGUGGGUUUAGGACCCAACAUGCUAGUGGCUAGGGUUGCCAAUCGGAUUGCCAAGCCAAACGGUCAUCAUUUUGUGGAUAGCAGCAACCUUCCAGCAUUCUUUGAGACCGUCAAUGUCAAGGACCUUCCAGGUGUUGGCUACAGGCUGCAGACGCAGCUGUCGGAGAUGGGUAUAGAGACAUGCAAGCAGCUCCAAGCACUACCACUGGAGACGCUGAAGGCCAAGUUUGGCGUCAAGACCUCAUCUCUGCUGUACAACUACGCUCGGGGCAUCGACAACCGGAGCCUGCAAUUCGACAAGCUGCGCAAGUCUGUGUCGGCGGAGGUCAACUACGGGAUUCGCUUCAAAGAGCCUACUGACAUGAUAAAGUUCAUAGGCCAGCUGUCUACCGAAGUUGAGAGGAGAUUACUGGAGGCUGGCGUUCAAGGUCGCACCAUUACAUUGAAAGUCAAGGUGCGACAGAAGGACGCCCCCGUGAACCCAUCCAAGUACAUGGGUCACGGUAUGUGCGACAAUCUAGCCAAGUCUUCCCACCUGCUGGCAGCGACUGCUAGCAAGGCCAUCAUUUCGAAGGAGUGCUACAGCCUGGCCAUGCAGAUGCACCUCGUUGCUUCCGACAUCCGAGGGGUGGGCAUUCAAGUUGGAAGGCUGGAGCCACUGCCUUCGGGGCAAGGUGGUGGCGUGAAGACCAUGCUGGACUUCCUGACGACAAGUAGGCCGCCCGAAAGCCACGGUGUAGCAGGGCCGAGCUCAGGAACAACGAACGGCAUGACGGAGUCGCUACCCAAGGCCGUCAGUCUUCCGGCGUUCUCAGAGAUCGAUCCAGCUGUGUUGGACAGCCUACCUCCUGACAUUAAAGAUGAAGUCCUCACCAUGUAUAGAGAAAGCCGGCGAAAUCCUUUGCGCUCAAAAGACACAGCAGCCGGCACUAGUGGUGUCGGCAGCACCAAAAGUUCAAACCACAAUCAUCGCGGGGCCUCAUCGUCAGCAGCGUCUACGAAGCCGAAAGCACAGCCCACGGGAAGGAGAAGAGGUCGGCCACCGAAAGGCAGCAUCAGCCCACAGAAAGCGCGUCUCUUGGCAUGCCACUCUCUAAAAGAGUACAUGACUAAGCCUGUACAGACAGCUGUAGAAACGUUUGAGUCCGUAAUUGACUCUGAAAAGAAAAUGGAGCAGGUGAAAGCUUUGCUGCAGCAAUGGAUUAACACAACCAAUGAUUCUGUUCUAAAUUCGGAUGUGAUAGCAUGGACUAACGUCCUGUGCAGCAUUGUCCAUGAGAGAAACUUGGAAAUGCUGGACGUUCUACUGAAGUUCUUCCACAGGACCGUCCAGAAAAAGGGGGCCCAGCUUUGGGAAGGCACGUACAUGAAAGUCGUCAACACUGUUCAAGGCGAGGUCCUUCAAGUGUUUGGGCACUUCAUGAAAGUGCCGAUAUUUUAGAAAAAAAAAGAAGAGGCAAUUUUACUACUGCUACACGCGCUGGCUGAAUUGUCUGCAGCCCCUUUUUUCUUUAUUUCUUUUUCCUUUUCUAGUUUUACACGCAUUUUGCACUGUUGCAGGCAUUUCAACAAAUGUUUCUGCAAGAACGGAAAAAAAAUGCUUGUUUUGAAAAGCCUAGUGUCGAAUAGAGAACUUGUUAUAACUUUACAACAAAAUAAUGUUUAAGCUUUCGUAUGUUCAUCUACUCUUUUUUUCCUUUUUUUGCACGCGCAUCCCCGAUGAAGUUUUAAAAGACAGUGUGUUUAGGAGAGAAAAAAAUCGCUGCUGCUGUUUAAAAACGGGUAUCCUUCAUCACACUUUUCAAUGCUGGUUGUUGACAGACUGAAUGAAGGUGAAAUGCGUGCUCCUCAAAGCAUUCCAAAGGCAUUCUACAGUUGCUUUAAUCUUCGAGGCUCAAGUCACUGACUGAAUAGCCGGAGUCUUUGAGCCAAUGUAACACAUCUGCUUACCACGUGUAGCAUUUUUCAGUGGUGGAAUCGAAAGUGUUUUCAUGACACGAGCCGGUGCAAAGUCAUUACUUUAAAGGCCAACUGCAACAAAAUUUCCCUUUGUCUAAACUUUUACAAGCAACUUGUACGAGUCAUACCAGAGCCCUUCUCUGGUCAUACUAACUAUUCUAAAUUACAACUAGGCUUGUGUGAAUAUUUUA